UGACCGAUCCGGAGCGCGCGGAGCUGGGGCAGCGGCCGAGGUCCAGUCGGACGCGGGCGGAGGAGGCGUGUCCUGAGCUGGAGCCGCCACUGGGACCUGAGAGUGAAGGGAGGGGAAAGGGCCGAGAGGGCGACCUGGAGGAGGGCUCUGAGUGAUGUCAGGUCACCUCCAGGUUCAUUUCCACAGCUCCCCGCAGUCUCCUCCCGGGGAGUUAGGUUUGGUGACCGAGCAGCGCUACCAAAUUGCACCCAGGUUGAUUUGGGGGCUGGGAACUGGCCAUUCCGCUGUACAGACACUCAUUUUUUUUAAAGCAAGAAAAGGUGAAGUUUUCCAAGCUUUGCUGAGUGAUUUCUAAAGAACCACCAGGCUUCCAAAAAAAAAGAAAAGAAAAAGAAAAAGAAAAAUCGAAUAUUUAGAUUUUAGGUGAUGGGCAGAUCAGAAAGUCAGAUGGACAUAACUGAUAUCAAUACUCCUAAGCCAAAGAAGAAACAGCGAUGGACCCCACUGGAGAUCAGUCUUUCAGUCCUUGUCCUGCUCCUGACUAUUAUAGCUGUGACGAUGAUCGCUCUUUAUGCCACCUAUGAUGAUGGUAUUUGCAAGUCAUCAGACUGCAUAAAAUCAGCUGCUCGACUGAUCCAGAACAUGGAUGCCACUGCUGAGCCUUGUAAUGACUUCUUCAAAUAUGCCUGCGGAGGCUGGUUGAAGCGCAACGUCAUUCCCGAGACCAGUUCCCGAUACAGUAAUUUUGACAUAUUAAGAGAUGAACUAGAAGUCAUUUUGAAAGAUGUCCUUCAAGAACCUAAGACUGAAGACAUAGUAGCAGUACAGAAGGCCAAAACCUUGUACAGGUCUUGCAUAAAUGAGUCUGCUAUUGAUAGUAGAGGUGGUCAACCUCUGCUCAAACUGUUACCAGAUAUAUAUGGGUGGCCAGUAGCUACAGAAAACUGGGAGCAAACAUAUGGUACAUCUUGGACAGCUGAGAAAUCUAUAGCACAAUUGAAUUCUAAAUACGGGAAAAAAGUCCUCAUUAAUUUUUUUGUUGGCACCGAUGAUAAGAAUUCUACCCACCAUAUAAUUCAUGCUUGUACAGCAUAUGUGGAUUUUAUGAUUUCUGUGGCCAGGUUGAUUCGUCAGGAAGAAAAAUUACCUAUUGAUGAAAACCAGCUCUCUUUGGAAAUGAAUAAAGUUAUGGAAUUGGAAAAAGAAAUUGCCAAUGCUACAACUAAACCUGAAGAUCGAAACGAUCCAAUGCUUCUUUACAACAAAAUGACACUGACCCAACUCCAAAAUAACUUUUCACUAGAGAUCAAUGGGAAGCCAUUCAGCUGGUCAAAUUUCACAAACGAAAUCAUGUCAACUGUGAAUAUUAAUAUACAAAAUGAGGAAGAUGUGGUUGUUUAUGCUCCAGAAUAUUUAACCAAACUUAAGCCUAUUCUUACCAAAUAUUCUGCCAGAGAUCUUCAAAAUUUAAUGUCCUGGAGGUUCAUAAUGGAUCUUGUAAGCAGCCUCAGCCGAAACUACAAGGAGUCCAGAAAUGCUUUCCGCAAGGCCCUGUAUGGUACAACAUCAGAAACAGCAACGUGGAGACGUUGCGCCAACUAUGUCAAUGGGAACAUGGAGAAUGCUGUGGGCAGGCUUUAUGUGGAAGCAGCAUUUGCCGGAGAGAGCAAGCACGUGGUUGAAGAUUUGAUUGCACAAAUCCGGGAAGUUUUUAUUCAGACUUUAGAUGACCUCACCUGGAUGGAUGCUGAGACAAAAAAGAAGGCUGAGGAGAAGGCCUUAGCAAUUAAAGAAAGGAUCGGCUAUCCUGAUGACAUUAUUUCAAAUGAUAACAAACUGAAUAAUGAAUACCUUGAGUUGAACUACCAAGAAGAGGAAUACUUUGAGAACAUAAUUCAAAAUUUGAAAUUCAGCCAAAGUAAACAACUAAAGAAGCUUCGAGAAAAAGUGGACAAAGAUGAGUGGAUAAGUGGAGCAGCGGUCGUCAAUGCAUUUUAUUCUUCAGGCAGAAAUCAGAUAGUCUUCCCUGCUGGCAUUUUGCAGCCCCCCUUCUUUAGCGCCCAGCAGUCCAACUCAUUGAACUAUGGGGGCAUCGGCAUGGUCAUAGGACAUGAAAUCACGCAUGGCUUCGAUGACAAUGGUAGAAAUUUUAACAAGGAUGGAGACCUCGUUGACUGGUGGACUCAGCAGUCUGCAAAUAAUUUUAAAGACCAAUCUCAGUGUAUGGUGUACCAGUAUGGAAACUUUUCCUGGGACCUAGCAGGUGGACAGCACCUCAAUGGAAUUAAUACACUAGGAGAAAACAUUGCUGAUAAUGGAGGUAUUGGCCAAGCAUACAGAGCCUAUCAGAAUUAUGUUAAAAAGAAUGGUGAAGAAAAAUUACUUCCUGGACUUGACCUCAAUCACAAACAACUGUUCUUCUUAAACUUUGCCCAGGUGUGGUGCGGGACCUAUAGACCAGAGUAUGCAGUCAAUUCCAUUAAAACAGAUGUGCACAGUCCAGGCAAUUUUAGGAUUAUUGGGACUUUGCAGAACUCUGCAGAGUUUGCAGAAGCCUUUCAUUGCCGCAAGAAUUCAUAUAUGAAUCCAGAAAAGAAAUGCCGGGUUUGGUGAUGUUCACAAGAAGCCGUGCAUCUGGUGGCUAGACUUGCUAAAGCCACAAAAACGGGAACUCUCCAGCUGAGAGAAAAUGGGCCCUAGACAUUUCUGCAGCUACUUCAGGGCAAUUCACAGAGAUGAGUAGAAGCUAACAUAAAUGACAUUAGGUUAUUGGAUCCGUUGUAAGGAGGGGUAAAGGGUCUAAGGUCUAUCAAAUCAGUCACUUCACUGUGUAAAUAAUGCUUAAUUUCAAAGGAUAGUAUGACCUUCAUUUCUGUUUCUCGUGGGGUCUGCAAGUUUAAUGCUGUCCCCGGAAAACAGUGUCAAUCACCUGAGGCAGACCAUGACUUCUAAUCAAAGCAAUUAAAGAAGAUGCUAAGUACCAUUGGGCACCAAAGCACAGCAGCGAUUUGCCUAAGUGCUCACUUUCCUUCUCAGCGUUCACGCUCCUUCCAAACUUCCAAAGAACUCCUCUAUAUACUGCGGCCGUAAGGCUUAUGUAGUUUUGAACUCACCUUACCAUAAUCAGUUUUUCAUUCAUCCAGUGUCAUUUUAUUUUCAGUACUCUGAAGGCAAAAAUGAAUGUGUGAAGCUCUUUUGGGAUGUACCCGCUUUAGUGAUACUGAGAUUCUUGAGGCCCCUGCGCUGGUUUUCUAAGAAAUUUCUUUGCUCUCUAUGUCUCUCAAACUUGGUCUUUUUAAAGGAUUUAUAGUAAUGUAUAAAUAAUAAUUUUAAUAUUUAAUUAUUAACUACAUUUAUGACUGAAUAACUGUUGCUAUAGGUAAUCAUUGGAUAUUGAAGUUAUAGCCUAGAUAAACAGUUAUGAAGAUCUGUAAAGUGAUGUACAGAUGAAAAUUUGAGACUUUUAAACUUUUAAAUCAUAUUGGUGAGGAGCUUUAAGCACAAACGUUGGGGGUAAAAUUUGUUGAGCGAUUGUCUAGAGAUACUUAAUAUUUGUGAUUUACAAGCACCAUUUUCAAGAUUAAGUCUGUCCCCUAAGCGUGAUUAUAAAGGGGCAAACCCACAUCUGUGUAGAGCCACCAAGCUCUUUUCAGGUUUGUCGUCUAAUGGAAACAUUUUGAUAAUAAAUUGAGGUUAUGAGCCCUUCACUAAGCCUGUGUACAAGCUGUCUGGCUCUAGAAAGCCCAUUUCUGAAGAGAUGGGAGGCCUCUGGGCCUGCUACUGGAAUUCUGUAGCUCCCGGAGCACUAAGGGGGGCCACCAAAUCCCUGCUUGGGAUUCCUUUUUUGAGACUUGCAUCUUCCUGCCUAGUUUGCAUCCUCCUGCCUAGUUUACCUCAUCCCACGAUUCUAUUAAGAUUUUCUAAAGAGGUGCACUUCUGCAAUCCUUACUUUUUUCUAACAAAAGAUGAAAAUGGGAGAAUUUUAUCCAAAAUAUGGGCUUUCAUACUUCUUUUGAAAAAUGCUCAUUUGCCUUUAAGAACUUCCCUACAAUAUUCCAUAUAUACAGACAUUGCGUAGAGCAGAGCUGUUACAGCUCAGUAACGUACCUCCUCUGAACACAGCACCGCAGCUGCCUGCCCUCACCCCGUCAGUCCUCCACAUACUGCUAUCCAGAUCUCCAGCAUCAUACAUUACCUUUGCCCUGUUUUGUCUUUUAGACAAUAGAAUCAAUCAAUAUACAUUCUUCCGUGUUGGCUUUCUUCUCUCAGCCUUAUUUUUGUGAGAUUCAGUGAUACAGUCGGGUUGAUUAUGAAUCCUACAUUCUCGUUAUUGAAUAUGAUUCUAUUGUGUGACCACACCACACAUCCUUCAUCCUAUUGCUGACGGGCUCUUGAGACAUUUCCUGUUUGGGAUUGUACAAAUAAUGCAACCAUGCAUUAUGAUCUGUCCUUAUACAUUAUCAUCUUCACUUGAAACGUCAAUGAACUCACUUUCCCAAGGCUUUCCAAAAAUUAUUAUAAAUAUUGAAAGCAAAAUUCAUACUUGUCACGAAUAUCCCUAUCCUUUGCCUUUUUACCACAACCACUGUUAUCAUGGAUAAUUUAGAAUAUAUUUAUAUCACUAUUUCUUUAAAACAAAUUUAAACAUACUUGAGUACUAUUUGUAGUUGUAGUAAUAAGCACUUUCAUUAAAACAGCUAUUUCUGGGUUAUUUUUAUUUUUGUCCUGUUAGAGCAACUUAAGAGACAGAAGCGAAGAGUACCUCGUACAAAUUGUAAAUGACUAUGAGCAUCUCCACUGGUAGUGCAUUAAAACAUCGGGCUCCCAUUCCUAUAGCAACAACUCUGGUGCUUGGAUCCCCACUGUGUAUCUAACAUAGAAUAUUUUCUUUGUGCUAAGGCAGUCAUAAAAUUUAGAAUAGCAGUUCCUUCCCUAUCCCUCACACAUCCAGACAUCACUUGACCAUGUAGUCGAUUAAAUGAAGAGAGCCACAUAUGUGGUACUCAGAAGCCCGUGUUCUCUCUUAAUUAUUACCAACCAUUUGGAAUUGCCAUGUUACAUGAGACAUGUUCUCACACACAAAUCCAUUUCCACUAUAUUCGAGUUCUGGUCAGGAAAAGAGAGUUUAGAAACAGAGGCACUAAGGGCUAAGAACUGUUGUAACUCAACAAUGAUGAUUAGGACAAAGCUUCUGCAAUGUAUGUUGGCAAGGCAUCUGUGUCCAUACCACAGUGCCUGUGUGCAAAGUGGAUGAUGCUAUCCAGGAAGGUGAGGGAUGCUCCUAGUUCUGUUCUGCCACUUCUUCCAAAGUGACCUUGGGCACAUGUAUAUUCUUUGGGGCCUCUGUCUCACUCACACACACACACAAAAAAAGCCCAAACAGAAUCUAGUUCUUACCAGUGUUGCCUUCUUAACCUGUCACCCAAAGUUCUGUCAUACUUGUGCUGCUGUUACUGUUAGGCAUACAGACAAGACAAGAACUUGCUAAUUUUCUGAAAGCAGUUAUAAUUCCUCUUGCAACAGAUGGAGCUCUUAAAGUAGAAGACAUCUGUCAUUUUGGAAAGAAAAUAAGAUUCUACUUUGUCAAAAGAAAGAUAAUAAGAAAUUUCAUCAGGUUCUAGUCACUGGAAUAAAAAAUAACAACAAACAAACAUUUUCACAGUGCUGUUUCUAUGGCUAGUUGCCUCUGUUCCAACCCCUAAUCAUCAUGGAAGCCUACAUACCCCAUUUAUGACUUAAAAAAUAUGAAGAUUAAAUGGAGUUUUUGUUUCUAUGCA